AUGGAAAAAAAGGAAAUAAUCACCAAAGUGACACGACCAACAGACUGGGUAAAUUCAAUUGUGAUCAAGGAAAAACCCAAUGGUACCCUACGGAUAUGCCUCGACCCAAGGGACUUGAACAAGGCAUUAAAAAGGAAGUACCAUCCAAUUCCAACCCUUGAAGAAAUCACACCAUCAUUGGCUGGAUCCAAAAUAUUCAGCAAGCUGGAUGCCAGUAAUGGGUACUGGAAUAUAAAAAUAGACAAAGAGUCAUCCAAGCUCACUACCUUCAACACACCAUUUGGCAGAUAUCGGUUCAACCGACUCCCAUUUGGAUUGAAGAGGGAGUUAAGCCAGACCCCGCUAAAGUCGAAGCCAUCAGAGAUAUUAAAGAUCCUAGACAAGAAGGAAAUCAGGAGCUUCCUGGGACUCAUCCACUACAUGGGAGCCUUCAUACCCAAGCUGGCCGAUCACACUGCAAAUCUCCGAGAACUAAACAAAGAUGACGUAGAGUUUGAUUGGUGUGCUUCACACACACAGGAUUUCAAAGCAAUCAAAAAGCUCAUCAGUAAAGAGACAACUCUGCAAUACUAUGACAGACGCAAACCAGUAACACUCCAAGUCGAUGCUUCUAUGAGAGGAGUUGGUGCAGCACUGAUACAGGAAGGCAAACCCAUUGCAUAUGCCUCGAAAGCUCUCUCACCCACAGAGACAAGGUACGCAAAUAUUGAAAUGAACUCCUGGCAGUAG